UCCCUGCUGAUGCACAGACUUUCUGUUCAGAGAAGGAAAGCCUGUUUGUUACGCUGAAGAGUUUCAAAGAAAGGCUGACAACCGGUCGGCGGCCCGCUCCCUCCGCUACAAUUCAGCCGACAAAACAACAGAUCUCUAUCUCCACCUCCCACACGUGUGUCAUGCAGAGUGCGGAUCGCUCAUUUUGUUAUCAUUCCUGAAUAUUUGGAGAAAAAAAUGAAAACUGUGCUGACAUAUGAGCUGAUAUAUGAGUGAACAACAGUAAAUUAAAUAUUUUUCUUAUUUCUUCUAAACGGUUUGACUUAUACGUGUGGGGAAGCAAAUCUGACGCCUUUAUAUUCAUUUUGAGUUUAAAGACUUUAAAGAGGAAUGGUGUAUAGCUAAAGAGGGUUAGGGUUAGUUAAUCAGGGUUCUAAACCCUGAUUAAAAAUUCCUCAGUGGUAUUUGGACAUGUUGACUGAAUGAAAGGAGGAUGGGCUACAUUGACGGGAGUGUGUGUGUGUGUGUGUGAGUGGGAGGAGGACUGAAAAAAACGAUGGUCCUUUUUAUAACAACUCCUUCUGUUGUGACUUCAUUAGACCUCACAUCACCUCAUGAGUAGCAAGGACAACAAUCUGAAAACGGUGAUUAAAGGUAAGUGUUGCACAUGGAGACCAAUCUCUCCAUUAUCUAAAUUGCAGGUGAGACAUUUUAUAUUAUUUGUUUUUUUAUUUAUAGUAUUGUAUGUUGUAGUCAAUGCUAAAAUAUAAUUUUGAGUAUGUUUUAUGCAUGUUAAGAGCACACUGAUAGAACAUACAUGAUCCUUUUUAUGUUUCAUCCCAAAGGAGAUGGAGUUCUGGCCCGAGGAUCAGGGACAGUCGCCUCUAAACUCAAAAUUUGAUACUGUUCCUGGAAGAAAUUGUACACAUACCUACCAUGACAGACAUCAAGUACACCACCAUCCACUGUACUAUGGUGAGCAACAAGGUCGAGGCAGGGAGUCCAGGCACUGGAGUGCACCGGGAUCGAGAGCAGGAGGGACUCCACAAGUGUACUCUAACUGGACAGAACAAGAACCGGCCGCCCCCUCUUGCUUCCCUUUCAUUCUAGACCGUCACACUCAGCAGCAGCAGGACUCGGGAGACCGAGAGUGGGCAGCAGCUCAGCGAGCAGCGAGAGAGUAUGAGAGUGGAUUACUAAGGGAAGGUUGGCAGAGGAGGUUGGAGCCAUGUGGCCCUCUCCGCUACAACAGGGAAGUUUCUGCUAAGAGGAGCGACAGCAGCCAUCGCGAGCUGGAGGCCUGGGCAGCUCGAUACAGCCAUUCACUUCCAAGGAGGAGACGAAUAGAGGCAGAGCUGAGGGGAGCCGCCCGGGGGCUGCUGGAGAGCAGCAGGAGUGGGACGGACCCUCGAGCGGCAGCGCUGCAACAAGUCAGACAAUCUCCGAACAUCAGAGAAUCGGGACUGUGGUGUGAAAGAGGCAGCAGACAGCAAGCUCACAGCUAUUAUGCAUCACAAACUCCUGCCUCCGACUCAAGCCACGUCCUGGACAUGAAAGAAAAGGCCCACUACCAGCGCAGGAUGUUCAGCCAACCUCCUGGCUAUAUUGCUCCCCCUCCCUAUGACAGCCCACACAAAGGUUCACCUGUAUUGCACCACUGUGACAGCAGCUGGGAGCAGAAAGGUAAGAGACAAAGCAUCUGGUCACAGCCCACACUGAGAAAGCAGGACGUUCCUGUGGAUAUGUGCGACCACAGAAAAGAACAGAAAGAGGAGUUUGCAGAACCAGAUGUGAAUCAAGAAGGUUUCCUGGAGCUUGAAGGACUACAGCAAAGACAACGGGAAAACAACGCUUCACAUGCCAUUAGUCCUUUUAAUAUGCAGGAAAACCACAUACAGCUGUAUGUGCAACAGCCACAAGUACUAAAAACAGUUGAGAAUAAAAAGAUAAAUGAGAAUCUGUCUUCAAAAGUCAUUGAAGGGAGGGAGUUCAGACUUAACAAAAAGGCCGGUGGGAUGACAAUAUUCUGCUUGGUGUCUCGAAUAGCAAGCACGACAGAAACCUCAUCAAUGCCGCUUCGGAAUUUACAAACAAACACAAUAUUAGGAGGUAUUCCAAUUAGCAUUAAUCAAACACACAAACUUGCAGAUGAGGUAGACUUCAGAGCGCCGCCGGGUACUGGUGAUGGGAGGAAUGUCGAAGCCAAACAGAAGGAGACACCAACUCGUAUCGAAAGUGAGUCGCUGGAGGUUAACCUAUCAGAAAAAGGAGAGACAGAUAAUGUGUCCUCAGAAAAAGCAAAUACAAGUGAUGCCGAUUCUACAUUCGAGAGAACGGUUGCUCACUCCGUGCAUUCUGUGUCACUCAAAUAUCCUCUGUGGAGGGAGCCGAGUAUUACAAGCAGAGCUGAAAAUGAGAAUUCAUCCACAUGUUUGAAAGCAAACAGCGAGGAAGGAGAAUCCAAUGGUCUGCCAGACCAAGAAAGAACAGUGCAUCCAAUUGAUGUGGAAGUAAGAAGACUGGACAUUAAGACGGACGUAGAGUCUGAGGACAGUAAGGGUCUUCUGGUUAUAGACACAACUUGUGUUGUCGUUAAGAUGGAGAUGAUUCCAUCACCCAAGAAACAGCAUGUUCACUCUUUACACACCGAACACAGUCAACCUGAUACUCAAACGACCGUCUCUCCUGAAUGUGUCCAAUCAAAUGGUCAGCUGAAUCAGGAAGAGACAACGGACCACCACUGUGUUGAGGAAAAACCUGAGUCCAAAGUAGGUUCAGAUUUUAUUGAGAAAAAGGCCCCCGACGGACAAAAGGAAAUCCCAUCCUGCUGCGUGUCCUCAUCUUCAGAUGGAAGGGAAACGUUGAAGGAGCGAGCCGAGAGGAUCCUAGGGAUCCCUCUGCAGGACUGCAUCGCAAAUCAGCGACCUGAAGAAGCAACGUCACUUCUGGACUCUUGUGUUGAGAACCAGGAAGUUGAACCAUCUCCGAUUGAAGACAACAACAUUGAGAAGGCAGUCAAACAAAUCCAAGAGGCCACAAGAGAAGAGGAGCUGUCACGGAACCGGACAGAGGUUGACCAAACUAAGCAUGAUAAUGAGAUGUGUUUGCAAGAAAACUAUGAUGCCAAAAAACAGGUGGCCAAUGAAGGGGCCAGCGAUUUUUCAGGAGUUCAUGUUCAAGUGUCUACUAUCUGUGAAGUGAAAGACGCUGUCUCUCAACUCAAAACUGGCAUCAAAAAUUCACCUGAAAACGAAAUGAAUAAUGAUGAUCUGCUCAAACCCGUCAGUGAAGAAAACAAUACAUGUUCACAUCCCUCUCAGUGUCACAGUCCACCAAAUAAACGUUCCGAUUCUUCCUCAUUUCCUUCUUCACAAUGUGAAGCAUUAAGCCCUUCCCUUACUGCCACACCACCAUCAUCUGAUCCUACACCCCUCAUGCACAUAUUAGAAUCAAACAAAGAGGAGGGUCGUGACACUCAGCUGCCUGACCUCAUUUCUGCGCAAAAGUUGGCUCUUCACCGUGAAACCUCAUCUCUCCCUCACACCUCAUCCUUUCUUCAGUCUGUGUCUACAAGCUCCUCAUCCCACACCAACGAUUCCCCAAGGCCUUCUGUUCUGGAUUUAGUCGUUGUUGAGGGCCAGGAGGAGGAGUGUGAAACAUUGGAUGUGAUAAACAAUCAGAGUGAAGCCCUCAAGGAUUUUGCUAAAGACAUGACCGAGGAGCUGAUGUCACAGCAACAAUCUGAAAGUGGCCAAGCAGACAAUUCCACUUUUGUGAAAGAGAACAAUGUCACAAAUGACCAACAAACAGAAGAACCUGAUAAGGACCCCAGAGACUACACCGUGGAACAGACUCUUAACAUAGAAGAUCCCAUAGAGGUUCAUAUUUUGCAGCAACAACUUGAAUGCGCGCAUGCAGAGGAUGUUGCUUUGGUAAAAGAACCUUAUAUGAGUGAAGAGCAGCUCCCUAAAGAAGACAAAGACAACAUUACUGAUCAUUUGGAACAGACAAUGUCAGGAAAAAAAGUCAACAUUUUGCCAGAACAAUUUAAUAACAAAGAAGAAAGUUUCAUCACUGAGGAGAAAUCAAAAAAAGAAUCUGAUAAGGAACAGGAACUAUCCACAGAAAAUGCAACAGACUCUCAAAUUCAAGCAGACGUUGACAUUUUGCAGGACAUUGAAUCAGAGACAGAACCCUCUAACUCUUCUCCUCCCUCACAGCCAGACUCAGACCAGCAGAUGUUUCAAUCACCUUUUCAUGUGUUCACACCCUCUGACCUUCCUUCUCCACCUCACACAUUGAACAAGUCCGAUGCGGAGUUUGUUUUGCUUUUGCACUCAGCCUGUCCUUCAGCUCUAAAUCCUGAUGCUGAUCCAGCUGCUGGCAUCCGGGAAACUGACCCUCAUCUGGACAUUUGUGAGGAAUCUCUUCCGUUCUCACCUUUCUCCCACACUUUUCCCCCACCAAUCCAACCUUCUAGCUCUUCAACUCCUCCUUAUCAAGGGCAAGAGGAAGGUGGAGAGGCUGACCCUGACUUACCCCUCAAAGAAGAGCCACAGUAUCCCGUGGCCCUGUGGGAUGCGGUAAAUCGCAUUAGGAAACACACGGCGCCAGACUCUGAGAAUGAAGAGGAGGAGGUGGGUGAGCUGUCGGAUCCAGAGAGCGUAGGGGAGGACCUGCGCUGCCUGGGAGUGGUUGUGGGCGUGGAUUCUGAGAGCAUAGUCCUUGAUCGAGAAGGACGGUGGGCACUUUCGAAAGAAGAAAGCGUUGAGGGGGAUGUAGAGCUGGGACUGAUCCAGGAUGAUCCAUGUCAUGCGGAGCCAAGCGGACGUGCUGAAGAUGACACACUGUCCUGCAGCAGCACCAGCAGCCACAGCUCUGGGGACACGGUUAUCGUUGCAGACGAGGACGAGGAAACUCCACCAGACGCCCGUACAGACAGCACGACAGGGGAUGACGUGGAGUUCCUGUCGGCUGAAGGAGAGCGAUGCUGCUCUGCUGAAGUAAAAGGUGAGACUGCAACUAUGGAAGAGGGAGAUGGACACGACAGCGUCACAAAUGUGUCCGUUCAGAGCGAGGACCGCCAGGUGGAGGUGACGAGUACGACAACCGAGGCAGUGAAGAUGAUGGAAAGAGAGAGAGAAUAAAAACGAGCAGGUUGUUUUCAUGCCCUCAGCGGUCUCGGGUGAUGGGAUUAUUAAAAGUGAAACAACUAGAUUAAUAUUCUGAUUCAUGUAAUUGAACAUCUAACAAUACGCACUCUUUAUAUUGUGCCUUAUAUUGUCACUGAUAUUUCAUGUUUUAGUUUCAGUGUUAUAAACAGUUUCUAGUGUUUAAUGUCAAUAAUAGAGUGUGAUAUUAUGAAAGAGGAUAUACUAAGAGAUUUGAAGUGGUUUGAUGGUGUGGUGAUAUUUCUGGCAGAAAUCAAUCCAUGCUUCUGCAUUAUAUUAAUAUAUAAUAAAACUAAACAAUGUACUACAUUAAAAACGUGCUGCGGCGGGUUAAUCUGC